CUGGAAAGCGAGAACGAGGCGCUGAGGCAGCACCUGCAGCGCGUGGAGGCUGCUGCUGCGGCGCAGCAGGCGGCGGCGGUGGAGGCCGCGGGCGGCGGCGCGGCAGCGGCGGCGGCGGCCCCCGCGGGCGGCGGCAUGCGGCUGGCCCAGCUGGAGGGCGAGGCCAGCCUGCUGCGCCGCAAGGUGGCGGAGCUGCAGAAGGGCAUGGACCGGCUGCAGCAGGUGUUCAACAAGCAGAUCACGCUGUUCCGCGAGGGCGUGUACACCCUGUUUGGAUUCCGAGUGGAGAUGGCCACAGACCCGGCAGCCAGGGAGUUCAAGGCGCAGUUUGUGCUGCGGCCGCAGCACGCCGAGGACGCCGCCAGCCAGCUGGUGUUCCGCAUGCUGCGCGACAACCGCAUGGUGUUGGUGCCCACGGAGCUUAGCGGCCGGCUGCAGCGCGAGGUGGAGACCUUCAUCGACCGCUUCCGCUCCAUCCCCGCCUUUACCGCCAACCUCACCAUGGACUGCUUCCAGAAGCAGACGCAGGGCUAG